AUGUUAUUGUCCUUGCUUCCUUGUGUUACUUUAUUGCUCGCCAACUCUGGCGCCGCAUUCGCGCAAACCGCAACCGUUGACGCUGCCAUUAGCCGUGGCACUCCAGCCAAUUUAGCUUCUGGCUGGAUCUACGGCAUCCCAGACCAGCAGGGCCAAAUUCCUGACCACUUCUAUACCGACGUUGGGUAUAGAUAUGGCCGAGCAGGUGGAGCGCAGCUCGUCAAUCCUGGAGAGCGAGGCUGGAUAUGGGGUCUGAAUGAAUAUAAGAGCCGCUUCCAAUCUGCGCUCUCCAAUUACCAAACUUCCAGGAAAUACGGUGCCCGCUUUCAGCUUCUCCUCCAUGACCUCUGGGGAGCAGAUGGCACGCAGAACUCAAGCGCUCCAUAUCCUGGCGACAACGGGAACUGGGCGUUUUAUGACGCAUUCCUGACCCAAGUCAUAGCCGAUAUCAAAUCCAAUUCAAUGGAGGCGGGUUUGGACAUAGAUCUGUGGAAUGAGCCUGAGGGAAUCUACUGGACCAACCGAGGAGUGUCCCAGUGGGUGAACAUGUGGGGUCGGGGGUUUCAUCGACUUCGGGAUGCGUUGGGUCCAGCUGUCCUUCUUGUUGGUCCGUCUCUUGCGUCAGCACCAUCAAUUGGCAACUCGUGGUGGGAUGGUUUCCUGGGAUUUAUUGGUGCAAACAAUUCAAUUCCCGACCAAUACACCUGGCAUCUCGAAUGCGGCAGCCGGUGUGACUUGCAGACGAGCAACUCAACCCUAAAAUCAUUGCUCAGCUCGCACGGCCUACCCAAUCGACCUAACAACGUCAACGAAUACGGGAUUGGUUCAGAACAAGUCCCGAGUGGCGACGCCUGGUACAUUAGCCGCUUCGAGCGCUAUGAUACUCUCGGCUUGCGUGGUAAUUGGCUUUCGACUACAGCACUUCACGACUUUCUUGCCGGACUUGUGGGCAAGCCGAAUGCUGGAACAUCAUCGUAUAGCGCGACAGCAGGUGGCUACUGGCCGACCGGAGAGUUCCAGGUUUACAAGUACUACCAUUUGAACCAAACCGGCAUUCGCCUGGGUACCACCGGCUCGGCAGACGGUGGAUUUGACGUCUACGCUACCAAGACGGGAUCGGUUGUGAAGAUCCUAUGCGGCAGCAGGGCGAAGACGGGAACAUGGGAUAUUACUGUUACCAACCUGGGGUCUCUGGGGCUUCCAUCCUCCGGCAGCAUCACAAUCACGACAUAUGAGUUCCCUUGGACCAGCCAAUUCGGAGAAGUUGAUUCCCCAGUGAACCUUGGUCAAGCGACCCAUACAUACACCGGCAAUUCGGUGACAUGGUGGGUGAGCUUCUCUUCAUCCAACACGGCAUAUGCCUUUGAAUUCGCCUACUGA